GCGCUGGGGCGCUAGCGGCUCGUGGGUCGGUGCCCAGACGGCGUCUGCCGGACGCGGGGCCGGGCCUCUGUCCUGGCGGCGCCCCGGCCCGCUCCGCGCCCGGCCAUGUCUCCUCCCGCGCCGCCCACCGAGCUGAUGCCGUCGGAGCGCAUCGUGGUGUUGCUCUCGUGCGUGCUGUCCGCGCUCGGCUCGGGCCUGCUGGUGGCCACGCACGCCCUGUGGCCCGACCUGCGCAGCAGGGCGCGGCGCCUACUGCUCUUCCUGUCGCUGGCUGACCUGCUCUCGGCCACCUCCUACUUCUACGGGGUGCUGCGGGACUUCGAGGGCCCCUCCUGGGACUGCGUGCUUCAGGGCGCGCUGUCCACCUUCGCCAACACCAGCUCCUUCUUCUGGACGGUGGCCAUCGCCCUCUACCUGUAUCUCAGCAUCGUCCGCACUGUACGUGGGCAGGGGGCCAGUCGCCUGUUCUGGGCUUUCCACAUCGUCAGGUGGCUGGGGGUCCCGCUGGCCAUCACCAUGGCAGCUGUGGCCCUAAAGAAGAUUGGCUACGAUGCCUCGGAUGUGUCGGUGGGCUGGUGCUGGAUCAACCUGGAGGCGGAGGACUACGUCCUGUGGAUGCUACUGACCGGGAAGCUGUGGGAGAUGCUGGCCUACAUCAUGCUGCCCCUGCUCUACCUUCUCGUCCGGAAGCACAUCAGCAGAGCGCACGAGGCGCUCUCCGAGUACCGGCCCACCAUCUCCGAGACCCACCAGCUUCGGGGCCGCUCCUCCGUGGCUGACAAGAAGCUGGUCCUCAUCCCGCUCAUCUUCAUCUGCCUCCGGGUCUGGAGCACCGUGCGCUUCGUCCUGACCCUCUGCGGCUCCCCGGCCGUGCAGGUGCCGGUGUUGGUCGUUCUGCAUGGUGUCGGGAACACGUUUCAGGGAGGCGCCAAUUGCAUCAUGUUCGCCCUCUGCACCCAGGCGGUCCGGACUCGGCUCCUGCAAGUCUGCUGCUGCUGCUCCUCUCAGUCUCCCACCACCGAGACCCAGGAGGGCCCUCCCGCCGCCUCCGCACCCAUCAAGGCGGGCAAGUCUCAGGGCCCCAGCUGGGCCCCAGACCAACAACUGAGCACCUGAGCUCCCCGCUCCCUAGCUCUGUGCGUAGGUGCUGCCACCUGGGGCCAGGUGGCUCAGAGUCCCCUCUGUGGGGGGGCUGUGCUGUGACUGUUGGCAGUUGGAACUUUUGACCCCCGUGGGGGAGCAGCGCGAACUCAGCUUGUCUACCUCCUUGACCCUCAGGCACGACCCCUCACACCCUGCUGCACUGGGGGGAGUUCGUGUGCAUGAGGGCUGGCACUGACAUUCAGGGAAACCAGUGGUGUGGGAUCACGGCCACGCUGCCUUGUGGCCAGCGGAUCAUCGGCCUCGUUUACAGGUGGAGGGACCCACACCUGUGGGAAAAGCACAAAGAGACAUGCUCACUGUAUACCCGUCCUCAAUAAAAUGCCAGGGGCUACCAGAGAUGCGGCCCCCACCAAGGUA